UCUGUUUUGUUUCUUAAAUUCUACAAGAUGAUUUUUUUUUUUUUUUAAUUAAGAUGAGCUUCUGCCGUUUUGGUGCAAAAAGUAAGACCUCAGUAGCAGCGUUUCUAAAAUGUCAGCCACACCAGGCUCUCUCCCCGGCCGCCUCUCCACAUCUGGCCGGCAAACCUCUCGCAGAGAGAGUCAAGGAGCUCCCAGAUGAGCAGCCGCCCAGGGCUGGUAAUCUGCAAACAGGUCGUACCACUUGCCGAAGCGAAGGAGGAUUUCCCAAGGCUCUGAGAACUCGGUCCUUCUCCUCGCCACCAAAAGCCAAGCAGGAAAGUGUCGGCGUCCUCCGAGACCUGGAAGGACACGUGCCACGGUAACGACGGGAACGCAGGAGGCGCAGAACCAGAGCAGCCUGUACAGCGAGGAAGGCCUGGGCGUGACGGCACUCAGCACGCUAUACGGCGGGGUGCUCCUGUCCUCCAUGUUCCUCCCGCCGCUCCUGAUUAAGAAGUUUGGCUGCAAGUGGACCAUCGUCCUCUCCAUGUGCUGCUACGUGGCCUUCUCCCUGGGCAACUUCUACGCCAGCUGGUACACCUUGAUUCCCACCUCCAUAGUGCUGGGUCUCGGCGCAGCCCCGCUGUGGUCCGCCCAGUGCACGUACCUCACCAUCAUGGGAAAUGCGCAAGCAGAGAAGGUGGGAAAAGUCGGCCGAGACGUGGUGAACCAGUAUUUCGGCAUCUUCUUUCUCAUAUUCCAGUCGUCCGGCGUGUGGGGCAACCUGAUCUCAUCCCUGGUGUUUGGCCAGACGCCCACGCAAGAGGCCAUCUCCGAGGAGCAGCUCCUGUCCUGUGGGGCCAGGGACUGCCUGACGGCCACGGCGUCCACCAACAGCACGCAGCGUCCCUCGCAGACCCUCAUCUCCACGCUGCUCGGCAUCUACGCAGGCAGCGGCGUCCUGGCGGUCCUGCUCGUAGCUGUGUUUCUCGAACCCAUCAGGGACGCUCAGCAGGAAGGUGAAGGAGAGAAGAAAUCACCUUUUUGGUUCACCCUCCUGUCGAGCUUCAGGCUCCUUCGAGACAAGCGCCUUCGCCUGCUGGUGCUGCUGCCGGUGUACAGCGGGUUCGAGCAAGCCUUCCUCGCGGGCGACUACACCAGGUCCUACACCACCUGCGCCCUCGGGAUCCAGUUCGUCGGGUACGUGAUGAUCUGCUUCUCGGCCACCAACGCACUGUGCUCCCUGCUGUACGGAAGGCUCUCCCAGCACACGGGCAGGAUCGCGCUCUACGCGCUGGGUGCGGUGACCCACCUGUCCUGCAGCAUCGCCCUCUUGCUGUGGAGACCUGACCCCCGCCAGCUGGCCGUGUUCUUCGUGUUUUCUGGGCUUUGGGGCAUGGCCGACGCCGUCUGGCAGACACAGAACAAUGUGCUUUACGGCGUGCUGUUCGAGAAGGACAAGGAGGCUGCCUUUGCGAACUACCGCCUGUGGGAGGCCCUGGGCUUCACCGUCGCAUUUGGGUACAGCACGUUCCUGUGUGUCAGCACCAAGCUCUACAUCCUCCUGGGCGUCCUGAGCCUGGCCAUGGUGGCGUACGGGACCGUGGAGCAUCUGGAGGCCCAGAGCCUGGCCAGUUUGCAGCCCACCGUGUCUCCGGUGGGGAUGGAGAGUGUGUGCGAAGGAAUCCCCCAACGCCAGACGCGACGGAGACGUCGUCGGCCAGUGGCACCGGGCUUGGGUAGCGCCAGCAGCUCCCGCCUGCUGUUGUGCCCACGGGUGCUGCUGUCCGUAGGAAUCGGAAGGUUGUGACGACUGUGCGUGUGACACUGUAGUCGUCCCCACGGGAACCCGGCGCGCAGGCACGUCCGCAGACACCCCCAGGUCGGUGAGCGACCAAGCCAGACGAGAGUUACUGUGCCUCGAA